AUCUAUCUCUCUCUCUCUCUCUCUCUCUCUCUCUCUCUCCGCAACACACAAACCAUUGAUAGAUAGUUGAUACCAAUACCAGUCACCGAUCCAUGGACAUGGCGUCGACGCUGCAGCUGCCGGCGCGCGUGGAGGCGCUCAGCGGCCUCUCCGCCAUCCCGCCCGAGUACGUCCGCCCCGCCGACGAGCGAGCCGACCUCGGAGACGCCUUCGACGUCCUGGCGCGCGACGACACCGGUACCGCGCCGCGGAUCCCCGUCGUCGACAUCUCCCCCUUCCUGCUCCGCGCCGACAACGAGGACCGCGUAGUGGAGGCCGUGCGCGCCGCCGCCGCCGACUGGGGCGUCAUGCACAUCGCCGGCCACGGCAUCCCCGCCGAGGUCAUGGACCGCCUGCGCGCCGCCGGCGCCGCCUUCUUCGCCCUCCCCAUCCACGCCAAGGAGGCCUACGCCAACGACCCCGCCGCCGGCCGCCUCCAGGGCUACGGCAGCCGCCUCGCCGCCAACGCCAGCGGGCAGCGCGAGUGGGAGGACUACCUCUUCCACCUGGUGCACCCCGACGCCCUGGCCGAGCACGCGCUCUGGCCCGCGCACCCGCCGGGCUACGUCGCCGCCACGCGCGAGUUCGGCCGCCGCAUCCGUGAGCUGGCCUCGGCGCUGCUGGCCAUCCUCUCCGCGGGGCUCCUCGGCCCCGGCCGCGGGGACGCGCUGGAGAAGGAGCUCACCGGCGCGGAAGGCGACGACCUGCGGCUGCAGCUCAAGAUCAACUACUACCCGCGGUGCCCGCAGCCGGAGCUGGCCGUCGGCGUGGAGGCCCACACGGACGUGAGCGCGCUGUCCUUCGUCCUCCACAACGGCGUGCCGGGGCUGCAGGUGCGCCACGCCGGCCGCUGGGUCACGGCGCGCGACGAGCCGGGCACCAUCAUCGUGCACGUCGGCGACGCCCUCGAGAUCCUCAGCAACGGCCGCUACACCAGCGUGCUGCACCGGGGCCUCGUCAACCGCGACGCCGUGCGCGUCUCCUGGGUCGUCUUCUGCGAGCCGCCGCCGGACGCCGUGCUGCUGCGCCCGCUGCCGGACCUCGUCACGCCGGACCACGCGCCCAGGUUCACGCCGCGCACCUUCAGGCAGCACCUCGACCGCAAGCUCUUCAACAAGGCAGCUGCUGCUUGUAUUGGUCACGACGAAGAGCAGCACCAGCAGAACGAGGAAUAAUGAGCCACCAUCCCCAUCGCCACCAUAUAUUAAUUAUUAUUGCAUCAUCCGGCCACGCAUAUAUUUAAUUAUAUUUCUUUUUGCAAACAAUUUUAUUUGAAAAAAAAUUAUCAUGCACAUAUACGAGUAUUCUUGUGCAUCAAUACCAUGAUCCAAGAUAUUAGUCCUUCCUCCGCCGGUCACGAAUGGAAUAAACAUCGAUGCUGCAGUGCAGGCCUCCACAUGGUAACUUUGAUCACUGUUACUUUCAAUAAAAAAAUAUGUAUCAUUAUGAACUACCUUUCUGUUACUUGUAUCGUUUUCGAAUAUUGAAACUUUUAAUAAAUAUAAGAGUUUUCUUCUCUUUGCA